AUGCAAAUAACCCCUGACGACCUACUCUGGGAGCAAGCCGAAGACAUAUCUCAUGAGUGGCUUAAACAAUUUCUUGGCCAUGACAUCUGGAUAUCGAUCGCAGGUUUCAUGCUCGCUCAUAACAGAGGCGUUGGUAACGAGAUUGAUAUACUCAAGAAGGGAUCUUACAACAUUUCCCUGUGGCUGAAGUACGAAAAUGAAGCUACCGUGAUCCGGUUGUCACAGCCUGGUGCCGUUAUGUUUCCCGAAGAGAAAGUCGUGAAUGAAGUUGCUGUCAUGCGAUUUCUCACGGAUCAGACAUUGAUAAACAUUCCUUUCAUUCUUCACUCGGGUACAAAGAAAGAGAGCCCUCUCGAACUCGGUUCAUUCAUCAUGAUGGAAUAUAUCGAGCAUAAAACCAAGAUUUACGCUGCUCUCAACACACCAGGAUGUCCGGCAGAGGAGCGUGGAGUUCUGGAUCCGGACAUCGAUGAGGCCAGGCUUGAACUGCUAUAUGGUCAGCUAGCGGGUAUCCUGCUUCAGCUCUCUGCGACUUCUUUCCCUCGUAUCGGGUCUCUCGGUCAAAUCGACGAGUUCACCUGGGACGUCACACGCCGGCCUUUGACAAUAAACAUGAACGAGCUUGUCCGAAUUGGAGGCUUACCACAGUCUAAGCUUCCCUAUCUAAAUGCUACAUUUGACACAUCUUCAUCAUACAUGGAAGCCCUUGCAGACAUCAACAUUGAACAUUUGGUUCAUCAAAGAAACGAUUCCGUGGACUCCGCAGACGACUGUCGACGAAAGUUCGUUGCACGACAGCUGUUCCGCAAGCUAGCCAGGGAAAAGAAACUCACGAAUCCAUUACUUGAAAAAGGGCCUUUCAAAAUUUGGUGUGAUGAUCUACGGCCGGCUAAUGUGCUACUCAAUGAGAACCCUACACAAAUUGCCGGGGUGGUAGAUUGGGAGUUCACAUAUGCAGCCCCCGUUGAAUUUUCCUAUGCGCCACCUUGGUGGUUGCUUAUCGAGAAGCCUGAGUUUUGGCCAGGAGGGAUUGAGGACUGGACAAGAGUGUUUGAACAUCGUCUAAAGACAUCUUUUCUCAAGGCAAUGAAGGAUUGUGAAGAUACAGCAAUCCAACAAGGUCGGUUAAGAGAAGACCAGCGACUUUCCGGUCCUAUCUUUGCCUUUGAUGAAAAUUACUGGCAGAAGAUUGACCCGCGGUUUUUUGGACCUACUAAAGACAUCGAGGGAGCAUGGAAACAGAGAUUGGGUCUAUUGGAUGAGCAGGAAAAGGAGGAGAUGGAGCUACUAGUGGCUCGGAAGUUGAUGGAGAUGGAGACAAGGACUCUAUCGUGGGAUCCAGAUGAGUACACUCUGGCAUUUCGCGAGCAAUUGAAGAGUCAAGAAAAAGCGAAAGUCGAGAACAACCUAGAAGAGAGCAUGGAUAGUGAGCCUUCCCACGAUGGGACCAAGUGA